UAAUCUCCCACUCCCACACGCCCCUCUCUUUAAACCCUACUCCCUGCCGCCGCCGCCGCCGCCGCCCCCUCCUCGAAUCGCCAGCCGCCGCCGCCGCACCCCUCGAGCACCGACCGGCUACAACCAUGGCGGACGCCGAUGUCGAGACGGAGGUCGCCGCCAGCGCGCAGCCGAAGAAGAGGACGUUCCGCAAGUACAGCUACCGCGGCGUCGACCUCGACGCGCUGCUCGACAUGUCCACCGACGACCUCGUCCAGCUCUUCCCCGCGCGCGCCAGGAGAAGGUUCCAGAGGGGCCUGAAGAGGAAGCCCAUGGCCCUCAUCAAGAAGCUGCGCAAGGCGAAAAAGGAUGCUCCUGCUGGUGAGAAGCCUGAGCCAGUGAGGACCCAUCUUCGCAACAUGAUCAUUGUGCCUGAGAUGAUUGGAAGCAUCAUCGGAGUCUACAACGGCAAGACCUUCAACCAGGUUGAAAUCAAGCCCGAGAUGAUUGGCCACUACCUUGCAGAGUUCUCUAUCUCCUACAAGCCGGUCAAGCACGGUAGGCCCGGUAUUGGUGCCACCCACUCGUCGCGGUUCAUUCCUCUCAAAUGAGUUACACAGCUUUGUAAUCUCCCAGAGUUCAGCAUAAAAUGUUUCAGUUGUGUUGCUACUUUUGGACGAGUUACCUGCCACCAAAGACCCUUUGUUCAGUUUCAGCUCUAGUACCUUAGCCAAGCACCUUGCACAACGAUGCUAUUUUGUUGAAAGCAUGCGAGUUAAUCUUAUUCAAUGUGAUGGUUCUACAUUGUGAUGGAUAGUUUGGUUUCUACAUAUCGUUUGAUGGUAAUGAAAUUUCGAAUGGUAACUUUAUUGA